GGAAAUACGUAAUUAACCAGGAAGUUACUGUCUGAGAAAGAAUGGCGGCGCGCAGUGUUAUGCAGUCCGCAAGGACAGUGCUGAGGUUUGUUCAAAGCGAUCUCAGCAACAAGGGUUUAUUUCAGAGGAUACCAGGUUUCUCACAGUUCUCUUUUUUGGGCAGUGUUCCGUGUCGCGGACUUAGACAUGUGGUGGAGAAGAAGGAGGGCAAAACAACAGUUAUAGAGGGUGUUCUAGAGCCUACAUCUGAGAGACCACAGCCUCCCAAUCCCACAGCAGCCUGUCCCAUCUACAGGUGGAACCUACAGAACAAGUACAACUACACCGAUGUGCUGUUACUCAGUCAGUUCAUUCGCUCAGAUGGCGGGAUGCUCCCCCGGCGCAUUACAGGCCUCUGUGCUCAGGAACAUAACAAGAUAGCAAUUUGUGUACAGAUGGCCCAUCGUGCAGGUCUCCUACCAGAUCAUAGACCCCCCUUACCUGAAGGCUAUGUUCCAAAACCUAAACCCAAUCCACCUCUCAACCGGUAUCUGACACGUUACUCUGUGACGUCUGUGAAGCCCAUCUUAAAGACAGGGCUGAAGUGGUGUAAGAAGAGAAUGAGUGUGGGACAUCCUGCCCUGAAAAACAAUGUCACAUACAGCCCCAAACCACUGUACACAAAGCACUGAUAGACAGAGUUGUUUACCCAAUCAAAACAGUGACUUUCUAUAUGGGAUAGAGGAUCUAUGGCAAAGAAUUUGCACAUUUUCGUGUUGUUUAUUGCCUCAGCCACAAAGAGACUGUUAAGUGAUGAACCGGAGUGCACCGAAACAUCAAGAUCUUUGUUCAUCCCUCUGAUCUGGGUUACCUUUCCUCUGUGUGAUUUGGAGAAAUGUUAACAUUCUAGUUUUGCAAAGGCAGAUAUGCAAAUAAAAUGGUGGUGUUUACCUCA